AGGACACUGACAUGCAGAGCAGAAUACACGAGAAGAGUGGCAGUUACGCUUGCCUUUAGAAGUUCAUGUCCUUCAGAAAUAAAAGUCUGGGAAUGACCGAACAGGAAAUAUGACUUUUAAAAAACCAAAAAAAACAAAAAUUGUUUUAGAAAAGGGAGGAGGAGCCUCCUUCAGAGGAAGUGCGGCACCCAGCAGAUUUGGAAAACUCAAACUAGAACCUGGGUACGUGGAUCUCCAAGUUCCACGUCAACAUCAAAAAAUACACGAGGCGGUGGUGCUAGCUUGAAGAAAGGUGAUUUUCCUGGAGACACUCACAGCAAGUGACUUUCGCCCAGAAGGAGUUGCAGCAAUGAGGAUUUCCCCGGUCUUGGUUUGGAUUCUUUUCCCAGGCUGCUGGGCAGUGACAGGCCCUGAGACAGUCCAUGGGCCCCUGGGCGGGUUGGUGACUGUGCGGUGCCAGUAUGAGAGAGGCUACAAGGAUUAUCCGAAAUUCUGGUGCAGAGCAGGAACCCUGCUCUGGUUCCGGUGUUCCAGUGCUCAGAUCAUUGAGACCACGGGGUCGGAGACAGAGGUGAAGCGGGGCAGAGUCUCCAUCCGAGACAAUCACACCCUGAGCACGUUCACCGUGACCAUGGAGAACCUGACACUGGCAGACGCCAGCAUGUACCACUGCGGGGUAGACAGAACUUUGCUUCCUGAUUCCAGGGCCACUGUGGAACUCACCGUCUCCGAAGCCAUCCAUACCUCCACCUCCACUGGAAGGCCCCCAGCGACAAGAGAGCAGCCCAGCGGGGCUGCUUCCACGCCCAUUACACUCUCUAUAAGCAGCAACGACACUCAUGCACUAUCCCAGUUCAGCAACGUCCAUUUCUUGCUCCUGUUCAUCUGGAAAGUCCCCAUCUUUCUGUGCAUCAUCUGGGUGAACAUACGGUAUAGGAAGAACUCCAGGGAGAUGACAGACAGACAUGGACCUUCCUAGUUUAGGAAUGGCUUGGAACCAGCAGAAGAAAGAUUGAGCUCCCAGCUCUGUGCACAGCAACUGCUCCCACCUAGAGCCUACAUGGAUCUGUGUAAAUGAAAUCCUCUAACAGUCAGCCCUGCUGAAGGGUUCAGUGGAUCCAGAUCUUACUCCAGAGUGAGGACAAAGGCGAGGAUGAGCCCCCAGGGGCACAGUUCCCAGGAGCGGCGCCAGAGUUUCUGGUGCCCUAGGCAGAAUUCGAGAGGGACGGCAUUUUGUGCG